ACCGACGGCCACUCACUUCGGCUAGCUCAGGCCAGCAGCACAAAACCAAACAAACGAGCGCGAGCGCAGGCCAUCGCAUCCAUCUCAUGGCGCUCCUCUCCAUCCUACGCUCGUCUCCGCUGGCCGUCCCCGCGGCCUCUUCUCGCCGCCCACCCAACCACGGCGUCCACCUACUACGCGUCAGCACCAGGGCCGCGCCGUCUCUGUCUGUGAGGUGCGAGCAGAGCAGCAAGCCGGGCGGCGGCAGCGUCGUCGACGUGUGGGCGAGCCGCCUGGCCAUGAUGAGCUUCGCCGCGGCGGUCGUCGCCGAGGUGUCCACCGGCAAGGGCUUCGUGGAGAACUUCGGCGUGGCAACACCGGCGCCGGCGUUGGCACUGGUGGUGACGGCGCUCGUCAUCGGCCUGGCCGUCCUCUUCAUCGUCAGGUCGGGAGCGCAAGAUUGAUGGAUCCAUCGCACGAAAUAAUUGAAGACCCUUUUCUAGAAUACAAUACAAAGUAAGCGGAGACCUAUUUCUGAAGAACGAGCGUGCAGAUCUUCUUUGCAUCUGGUUUGCAAAGAUUCCUGGAGAUUAUAAUUAGCAUUACUUCUGACUGUAAAUGAUCUGAUGUAUCAUGGUACUACUGCUGUGAGCAUAUUCAUAUGGAAAAUUCUGGUUCAAAUUCAA